CACAGUUUUACUGUGGUUUGCAGAAUUUGAAAGUUGAACCACUCCAAAAACCCAGUCGUCUCCUCCAAACUUAAGCCAGAGCUGAAACCCUCCAUUCUUUCCGACCAGCCAUGGAAGCAAUCCGGAAGCUCAGAGAUCAGGUCGCGAAACAGCAGCAGGCUGUAUUCAAACAAUUUGCUGGUGGUAUGUAUGGAAGCUCGGAUAAUGUUGUCGACGAAACAGAACUCCAGCAGCAUCAGAAGCUCGAGAAAUUGUUCAUAUCAACUCGUGCUGGCAAGCAUUACCAAAAGGAUAUUGUGCGUGGUGUGGAAGGUUAUAUUGUAACUGGUUCAAAGCUAGUUGAAAUAGGUACCAAGUUAUCAGAAGAUAGUAGGAAAUAUGGUGCCGAAAAAACUUGCACCACUGGUAACACAUUAUCCCGUGCUGCACUGAGUUUUGGAAGAGCUCGUGCCCAAAUGGAAAAGGAGUGUGGAAUUCUACUGAAAGCCCUUGGCACACAGGUUGCAGAGCCGUUAAGAGCGAUGGUAGUCGGUGCACCUUUGGAGGAUGCUCGACAUCUUGCUCAAAGAUACAGUAGAAUGAGACAAGAAGCUGAAGCUCAGGCUGUUGAUGUUGCCAGACGCCAAGUCAAAGUACGGGAAUCAGCUGGUAAUGUGGAUGUAAUUAUGAAAUUAGAAGCUGCUGAAGCCAAACUUCAGGAGCUAAAGUCCAAUGUUGCCAUAUUGGGUAAAGAAGCAGCCGCAGCAAUGGCAGCUGUAGAAGCUCAACAACAGAGGUUGACUCUUCAGCGACUUAUUGCCAUGGUUGAAGCAGAGCGCAAUUAUCAUCAGACUGUCCUCCAGAUACUUGAUCGGCUUGAAGGCGAGAUGUUGUCAGAACACCAGCGAAUUGAAGCAUCACCCAGUCCAGCUGCAGCGAAUACAAUGCCUCCACCUCCCUCAUACGAAGAGGUCAACCAUGACUUUACUUCUGAGACCCAUGAUGAUUCAACAGACGUCAGGGACUAUUUCUUAGGAGAGGCUAUGUACACAUUUCAAGGCGUAACUGAUGUGGAGUUGAGUUUGUCUUUUGGGGAUUAUGUUGUUGUGCGGAAGGUUUCAAACAACGGUUGGGCUGAAGGUGAAUGUAAGGGAAAAGCAGGCUGGUUCCCUUUUAACUACAUAGAAAGGCGGGAACGUGUUCAGGCGAGCAAGGUGGCUGCAGUGUUUUAAAACCACCAUCUGAUGUUUACUUGGCUUCUGUUUGUGUUUCUACGCUCCUGAGUUACCUUCUUGUCAAGAUAACAAUGUCAGCUGGUGAUCAGCAUUGUGCAUGAGCCAAAGUUGUUUGUAUUGCUUAUGUGUUCUUCAAUAGAUCAUUCAUUUACAGUGUAAGAAAUAUACAAUUGGGUUUCUUGUGCAGAUCAGGCUUAAGUGUUUUAACCAUCACAUAAGAUAAAAGAUGAUUUGCCACAUUGAAUUUUAUGUA